AUGGGAUUCUUCCCCAAUGGAGAAAUCUUGUACAAGAGAAGCUCCAAUGGUGAGUUAUUAAGAUGCAUGAAUGCAAAAGAAGCAAGGAGAAUUAUUUUUGAAACCCAUGAAGAGAACUACACUACUCAUAGCAAUGGGUGUAUGAUGGCAAAGCAAAUCUUAAAGUGGGGUUACUUAUGGACCACUUUAGAAAAAGACUGUAUUGGGUACUUUCGAAAAUGUCACAAAAGCCAAAUUUAUGCUGAUAAGAUAAAUGUCUUGCCUCAUCAGCUCUAUAAUCUUAUCUCACCAUGGCCUUUUGCAAUGUGGGGUAUCAACAUAAUCGGUCCAAUUAAUCCAAAAGCAUCCAAUGGACAUAGGUUUAUUUUGGUGGCCAUCGAUUACUUUACUAAAUGGGUUGAAGCUACCUCAUAUGCUCACAUCACUCAAAACACAUUUCUGAAGUUCCUUAAGAAUAAUAAUAUCUGUCGGUAUGGUCUUCCCGGUGAGAUUGUCACUGACAAUGCCACGAAUUUAAAUGGUCCAAAGAUUCAGAAGUUGUGUGAUCAGUACAACAUACGACUCUCAAUUCAUCACCAUAACGACCCUAGAUGA